AGUGCUUCCGGGAUUUUUCAGGCUGCGUUUGGUCGGUCGGGUGUGUUGUUCUUUUCAACGUGUUAAUUGUAGAAAAGUCUCGAGAUGAAUCGCAUUUUCGGACGAGGAAAACCCAAAGGACCGCCUCCGAACCUCACGGACUGCAUUUCAACUGUCGACUCACGAGCAGAGUCCGUCGAUAAGAAGAUCGCCAGGCUCGAUGCAGAACUAAUGAAAUACAAAGAUCAGAUGAAGAAAAUGAGGGAUGGACCAUCAAAGAACAUGGUGAAACAGAAAGCUAUGCGGGUCCUCAAACAGAAGAGAAUGUAUGAAGGGCAGAAAGAUCAGUUGAUGCAGCAGUCGUUCAACAUGGAGCAGGCGAACUACACCAUCCAGACCCUUAAAGACACCAAAACCACUGUGGAUGCAAUGAAAAUCGGAGCCAAAGAAAUGAAGAAAGCAUACAAGAAUGUUAAAAUUGAUCAGAUUGAGGAUCUGCAGGAUCAGUUGGAAGACAUGAUGGAAGACGCUAAUGAGGUGCAGGAGGCUAUGAGCCGCAGCUACGGGACACCAGACAUCGAUGAAGACGACCUGGAAGCAGAACUGGAUGCACUUGGUGAUGAACUCCUAUUGGACGAUGACAACUCGUAUCUGGACGAGGCCUCCUCAGCUCCAGCUAUACCCGACGGAGUACCAGGAGACAAAAGCACCAAUCGGGACGGAGUACUGGUGGACGAAUUUGGCCUUCCUCAGAUUCCAGCUACAUAAUAGAAAAACAACUCUACCCAACCCCUCAAAAGACUUGGAUAAAUAUGUACACACGUACUUUACAAUGAAACACCGGGACAGAGAUUCAAAACUAUCCUGCCUACAAUCUUGGUCUUGAUUGUAAUCUUUUAUUGCUUCAUAAGGAAAUGUGUCCUUCAUAGUCAGGUUUCUUAAAAAAUCAUUGGGCUCUGAGGUUUGAUUAUUUUCUGUUGAGAGACUGUUGCUAUGAUCUAUGCUGUUUUCUAAAGGAUGUACACCGGCAUUGGUUUACUUUGUACUGCAAUACAGUGUUGCUUACUCAAAGCAAGUAUAAUAAAUUAUUAUAUAUUUGA